AUGGCAACCUCAACUCCUAGUGAAGAAAGUACUCCAUUAACAACUAUUCCUGUCAGUACGACACGUGUGACCAGUUCUGCGGGCAGCAUUCUUUCAACACCUUCGGUUGACACCAGCACAUCUGUGGCCACUUCUACCCAACACACCUGUGACCACUUCUACCCACAUCAGUUCAUCUCCUACAACUCCUCAAGUUCAUCUCCUACAACUCCUGAAGUCACCACCAUGCCAAUCUCUACUCCUAGUGAAGGAAGCACUCCAUUAACAACUAUUCCUGUCAGUACCACACAUGUGACCAGUUCUGAGGGCAGCACCCUUUCAACACCUUCUGUUGACACCAGCACACCUGUGAUCACUUCUACCCAAGUCAGUUCUUCUCCUACUACUCCGGAAGCAACAGCCUUCAAGCACCUCCUGUCUGGACACCAGCACACCUGUGGACCACUUCUACCCACAUCAGUUCAUCUCCUACAACUCCUGAAGUGUUCGAAGCACUCCAUUAACAACUAUUCCUGUCAGCACGACACGUGUGACCAGUUCUCAGGGCAGCACCCUUUCAACGCCUUUGGUUCACACCAGCACACCUGUGACCACUUCUAUCGAAAUCAGUUCAUCUCCUACACCUUCUGA